AUGGAUCAGAGUCCGGGAACAGCAUCGUGGAAUACGGCAGAAAAUCCUAAGAAUGUCUUCUGGGCUACAGAAUAUGUCUUUGCGAAGUAUGAAUGGAUGACCUUGGAUUUUCGAAUCGCGCACGCAUUAAAAGUCAUUCAAGUGAUUUACUACCCUGGUCUGGCUAUCAUUGCUCUUCCCGUGAACCUGGUGACGAUUUUAAUCCUGUCCAGAGGAAAGUGCGGUCUCUCCAGAGUUGUCACUCGCUACCUAGUUGCCAUGGCAGCGGCCGAUCUUAUGGUUGUUGUCCUGGACCUGAUAUUGAGCAAGAUUCCGAAUAUUUACGCGCCAAUUGAACUUCUCAUCUGGGCUGCGGACACACCAAUGUGUCAAAUCCACACCGUCCUGCUUUACGCCGCCACCGAUUGUUCGGUCUGGUUCACCGUCACUUUCACAUUUGACCGGUUUGUGGCCAUUUGUUGCCAGAAGCUGAAAACAAAAUAUUGCACCGGGAGAACGGCGGCUGUGAUUCUGGGGACAGUGACUGCGAUCAGCUGUUUAAGGAACAUUUACUGGUAUUUUCGACUCUCGGGGUAUUAUGCAGCGCUGAUUGCUCCAUUUAUUUGUGUAGAUACCGCAGAUUAUGUGUCUUUAUUUGUCGCAAUGUCAAUUGACUUAUUUCAUUACCUUCUCACUCCUGUAAUCCCAUUCCUGCUGGUCCUCCUGACGAAUGCAUUAACCAUCCGGUACGUUUUAGUCACCAGCAGAGGGCGCAGGAGACUCCGGCGUGCUGACAAGGGACAGAGUGCCAGAGACCCGGAGAUGGAGAGCCGCAGGAAAUCACUCGUUUUACUGCUGAUCAUCUCUGGCAAUUUCGUCCUGCUGUGGGCACCGUUCACUGUGCAUUCUGCUUGGAACCGACUGUCUGCUUUCUCUGCCGUGACGCUUCCUGCUGAUUCUCUGCGAGGACUGGGCUCGAUGCUGCAGAUUCUGAGCUGCUGCACAAACACGGCUUUUUACGCCGUCACCCAGACCAAGUUCAGGGAGCAACUGAAGGACGCGAUAAAACAUCCCCUGGCUCUCAUUGCUGCAAGGAUGUCAUGAAUUAGUGAUGUUUCCCUGCCUGGCCCAAAUAAUUCACCACCCAUUGCAGGCAAUCUCUGCACCAAUGGAGUCAGGCGUUCUCCUUGUUCAUUUCAUUCCUCGCCAGCAUGAUUUCUCGCUCUGGUUCACUGACGAUCAUUUUAAUCUUUUUUUCCUGCAUUUACCAGUUUAUAUCCCCCCUCUCUUCCCCAGUGGAACGACCUAUAUUUGUUAGUGUAGAUCAGCGCCAUCGUUGUGACCUACAGUUCUGUUCUCCUGUUCCAGCCGCACUGCUCCGCUCCAGCGUGAAAUCUCUCCUGUGUUCCCGAAACUUCUCCCGUUUAACAGUGAAUGCGAACGGUCCGGUUCACCCAGCUCGCAGGUCAUACUGGAAAUUAGCUCUUGUCCCGGGUAUCGCUCUGAUAAAUCCUA